CUUUGUGUCCUAUUGUCGUCUGCCUUUGCCUCCUCUCCACCACCUCUCGUUCUGCCAAUCCCUCCUUUCCCUCGCUGUCCUCGGUACAAUAGAGAUCAUCAACAGCACCUUCGCUCUUUCGGUAGAUCGAAGUCUGGAUCUUGGAACACCGUCCGUUCGACGCGCUCAGAGCUCCCACGUCCAUUGUACAAUCCCUUCCCAACGCGACAAUGUUCGGCAGGAUCAGCAACGCCGCCGCCACUGCUCACGUCAAUGGCUCUAGCAGCGGGGCAAGAAACGGCGGUGGGGGAGGGAACGAGAAGAAUCUCGCCAAUUCGGCUCUGCGGCGGGCAGGCUUGAUGGAUGACGAUACGGGCAUGAGGAGCGCAGGUGCAUCCGGGCCUAGUAGGCGUGGUAGUCUGCGGGGCAGGGGUGCAUCCAGGGGGGGCGCCAGAGAUUCUGGAAGAGCUUCUGCAGGAUCAUCCAGAGUCGAAGCAGACACCGACAGCAGUGGCAGUGUAGCGUCCAAGAAUUCUGCCAGGAAAGCACGAGACCGCGCCAACCCUCUGGCUGCUAGGCUGGCUAGGAAGCCAAAUACUGCUUCUUCGGCAGACCCUACUGUCAAAGGACAGGCGUUCAACAUCAGAGGCGCUGCAGCGCCAGUGCGAAGGCCCACUGGUCCGCCAGAAGGCAAGAAGACGGGCAGGGUACCAGGAGGUGGAGAUGAAUCCGCUCCUGCCUUCAAUACUCAGAGCACAGUCGCACUUCUCAAACGCUUCCUCGCAAGCCGGUGGAACGGCGGAGCCAAAUUCCUCAACCUCGAAAACCUGGCCGAGGAUCCCAUCCUCAAAGACGCCAAAGUAGCCGCACCAGGUCAACCCAAUGCUCACAAGGAUAUAGGAACAGUGAUCUUCAAGCUCGCAUCGGAGAUCUACCCUGAUCUCAUCACAGUCUCACUUGCACAGAACAAUCUCAAAUCAUUGGCUCCUGUCAUGCAAUUGCCGCAAUAUCUACCAGACCUGCAAAAUUUGUCCUUGGAGGGCAACGAUCUCAAGUGGACAAAGGAUCUCAAUACGUUUGCCUCGACUAGUAAAGCCAAGUUGAAAAGCUUGCGAGAAAUCAUCUUGAUCGGCAAUCCGAUGCAGACUAACGCUGUCUCUGCAAUGAAUGAAGAGGGGUACAGGGCAGAGGUGAUAGCGAAGUUCCCAACUUUGAACCUCUUGGAUCGAGUGCAGGUGACGCAGAAAGAAACUGCAAUUGCGCAAUUGCCCUCUGGGAAGGGCAAGUCAGACCAGAUUUUGGGAGUAGAUACGCCUACACGUCAGUUCCCUUUGCAGAGCAAGGCAGGCUUUAGAGACGAAGCUGCGAACGGAAUCGUGCCAGGCUUCCUCCACAAAUUCUUCACACUCUUCGAUACCGCUCGCGAGUCACAGGAGCUGCAAGCAGUCUAUGCUUCUAACGCUACCUGGAGCAUCGUCUUGAACCGCGCACCGACUCCUCGAGCGAAGUCAGCUGGCUAUCUGCACUCUUCCGACAUGCCUCGACAGCGCGAUCUCAAUUGGCAGAUCUACAAAUCGCUCGUUGACCACAACAUCAUGGGCAUUGGAGCGCGAUCCGGCUCCAAAGGAGUACCUGUAGGCGCAGCUUCAAUCAUGGCUACCAUCAAGAAGAUUCCGGCUACAACUCACCCCGUUACCGACCCUGCAAAAUUCGUAGUCGACUCCUGGAUCUUGCCCAACGCAGCGGUCGGGGCACUUGCUGGCACCAAGGACGGAACACAGACUCAGAGGCUAGAGAAGCCAGAGGCAGUCCUCUUCAUCAGCGUCAAGGGCGAGUUCGCAGAAGGGCCUUCGUAUGGGGUCCGCUCGUUUGACCGCACCUUCAUCGUCGCACCCUCGAGUCCCGAAUCGGCUGCUGCCAAAGCCGGCUGGCCUUGCACGAUCUUGGCAGAGCAAUUGACCGUUCGGCAGUACUCUGGCAUCGAUGGCUGGAAAGUGGGCUCUCUGCCAGUCGACGAUGCCGCUCAACAGGCUGGGCAGGCUGCCCCUGCUCCGCCGGCUGCAGCGAAUGGCACUCCAGCUGGCGCUCCGUCCGCACAGCCCAGCAAUACGCAAGAAGCGCAACAGCAUUCCCUGGCCCUGCAAUUCGCCAACGAAACAGGCCUAACAUACCCUUUCGCGGUACAGUGUCUGCAGGAGAACGGAUGGCAAGCACAGCCAGCCAUGCAAGUCUUCCAGUCCCUCAAGGCCGCUCGCACUAUCCCAGCCGAGGCUUUCAGCGCUGGAAUCGUGCCGCCUUGAUCCAUCCUGCUGUGGCCGUAUCCUACCACUGGCCAGGCCUUCGUACACAUUGCGGAGGCCGGUAUGGUCCCUUUCCCCCACUUUUGUCUCCUCUUUUGUAUUUUGUUCAUCCUUUCUUCGCUACCUACACCAUCUCGACACCGCAUCUUCCCAUCGACUCUCACUACCCAAUUGCCCCCUAUGAGGUCAACUUGGCGCUUUUCGCUCCCCCCACCCCUGUUCUCGCUCACAGAAGCGAUGAUUUAAGGGACAUCAAUAUGAUUUGUUUGUACAGUACAGUAUGUCAGUCUAUGAAUAGUUGCUGUUUUUGG